AUGGCGGUGCGAGAUUUUGGGCAGAAAGUUGACGUCUGCCGGCGCAUCAAGGAGGUUCUGAAGAAUUAUGAGGAGGGAAGCCUCUUGAAGGAGAUGGUCCAGAACGCCGAUGAUGCAGGAGCGUCCGUGUUCGACGUCCUCCUCGACCUCCGGACCCAUGGUUCGUCAGAGCUUGCGCUUCCCGGCACGGCGGCCUUUCAGGGUCCUGCGCUCGUGACGCACAACGACGCGGUCUUCGCAGACUCCGACCUGGAGAGCAUUCAGCAGAUUGGCGGCUCGCAGAAGGCCGGGUCGCGGUCCACCAAGACGGGGCGCUUUGGCGUCGGCUUCUGCUCUUGCUAUCACGCUACCGACCUCCCUUCCUUCCUCUCUCGAGACUUUCUCGUGGUGCUCGACCCGCACUGCGCGCACGUCUCCGACAACCGCUCCGAGCCAGGCAAGAUGCUCUGCUUCCUCGAGGACCCGAAGACCGUCGCCUCGAGCCGCGACACCUUCGAGCCCUACCGCGUGUUCGGAUGCAGCCUCCAGCACAGCUACCCGGGCACAAUCUUCCGGCUGCCACUCCGCACCGCCGAGCAGGCGGCCGCGUCGCGCAUCUCGGCGCAGCCCUUUGUCGGCGCGCCGGCGAGGGGCCUGCUGGACGCGUUUCUCGAGCUGCUCCCCGAGCUGCCCCUCUUCCUCACCCACGUGCACACCGUCACCGUCUCGGUCUGGGAGGCGGGCGCCGCGGCGCCGACCCUCCUCCGCUCCCUCUCGACACGCGACACCAAGUCGGGCGCGCCGCCGCAGCGCAGCCGCGUGCACGAGCUGGUCGCGGCGCGCAGCGAUCUGCGCAGCCUGACCCCGUCGCAGAGCAUCUCGCAGAUCGACGUGCGCGUGAGCGACUCCGCCGCCUCACCGAGCGCCGCUCGCUGGCUCAUCGUGCAAGGCAUGGGCGCCGGCCGCGCCCUCGAAAUCUGCCUGGACCCGGCGUGUGAGCGGUAUGGCCUCACCCCCAUCCCGUGGGCGGGGGUCGCUGCUCGCGUGAUGCCGACUGGCCUAGCGACGGAGGGACGCCCGUACUGCCUCCUUCCCCUGCCGAGUGCGACGGGGCUGCCGGUUCACGUCAACGGUUUCUUUGAGGUCUCCUCCAACAGGCGAGACAUCUGGCACGGGGACGACACGAUUGGCGGCGGGCGCUUGCGCUCCGAGUGGAACAUCGCCCUGCUACAGGACGUGGCGGCCCCUUGCUACGUCGAGCUCCUGCUCUACGCGCGCAGCCUGCUGCACGGCCCCGCCUUCUACGCCCUCUGGCCGUCCUCCAAGCCUGCCGAGCCGUGGGGGUCGCUCGUCGCCGCCAUCCCGGAGGCGGUCCGCGCGUGGCUGGCCGGCGACCGCCGCCUGGCGCGCGAGAGCCCGACCGAGGGCCAGCGGACGCGGCGGGAGGGCCUCGAGCUGCUCCGCCACUGCGCGAAGGGGCUGAGGGGGGAGGGGAUGGCGCAGCUGCGAGGCCUGCGGCUGGUGCCGCUGCGGUCGGGAGGGUGGGCGCGCUUUGGCGACGCGUCGAGCCCGCCGCUGCUGCUGAGCGCGUCCGCCGACGACGAGGGGCUUCUCCGCCCGUACCCGGCCCUGGUGGUGGACGUGCACGCCGAGGACGGGCUGGCGUCGGAGGAGCUGCGGCUGGCGGCGGCGUCCGGGCAGACGAACGUGCGCCCCUUCUCGGCGGCGCUGCUGGUGCCGAUGCUGCCGCUCAUGCUCCCGUCGAGCUGGCACGGCUGCGAGCUGGUCGACCUGACGGGGCUGGCGGGCUGGCCGCUGCUGCCGACGCGCCGGGGCGAGGCGUACGCGCUCCCGAGCGGCGGCGCGCGCGAGACGCGCAUGCUCGAGAUGAGCGGGCUGAGCGACCCCCUCGCGGAGGCGCUCGAGCGGGCUGGCGUCCUCUGUCUGCACCGCGCCGCGCCGCCGGACGGCGAGGCGGCACCGGCACCGGCGGGGGAGUGCGUGCCGCUGCAGCGGGGCGUGCACUGCGUGGCGCCGCCGGGCGUGCCGGAGUCGCUGCUGGCGGGCGGGCGCUUCGUGCGGAGCGGCUCCGAGAGCGAGCGCCGGCUGCUCCGCUUCUUGGGCGUCGAGCAGCCCGCCCGGAGCGCCUUCUUUCGCUCGCACGUCUUUGGCCGGCUGGCCGACCUGCCCGCCGAGGCGCGCGACGGCGCGAUGGUGUCGGUGCUGCGCGAGCUGCACGCGCUCGGCUCGGAGGACGCCGGCUUCGUCGACUCGCUGCGCGAGCUGCGCUUCGUGCCUACGGCGGGCGGCUCGCUGCACCGCGCGAGCGAGCUCUUCCAUCCAAAGGUGCACGCGGCGGCCGAGCUGCUCGGGGUGGAGGGGGCGUACCCGGCGGGCGUCUUCAGCGCGCCCGACCUGCUGAGCGCGCUGGAGCGGCUCGGGCUGCGCGGCGAGGUGACGCGCGGCGCGGUGGUGCAGAGCGCGCGGUCGGUGCAGGAGCUCUCCGCCAGCGACGGCGAGGCGGCGCUGCGGCGCGCGCGCGCGCUGCUCCGGUACGUCGACACCCACGCCGCGACUCUCCUCGCUCCUCGACCCACUCGCGGCAAGCAGCGCGGCAGUUUGAUGUCGAUGUUUGGACAGAGCGACGCCACCGCGCGAGAAGCCGACAUGGAGGUGUCCACCUUUGGCGAUGAGCUGUCGUCGAUCUCUUGGCUCCCCGUCCUAGUGGACCCGCCAGAGAGCUACCUGCCUUGGGACGCCUCGCAAACCAGCGUGGUUGCCCGCUCCGAUGCGGUGCGACCCCUCGGCGACCUCUGGCUCGCUUCGAGCUCUUCUCGCAUUUUGGACGGGCAGGUCCAAGACCAAAGCUUGACCCGCGUUUUUGGAUGGCACAAGCCGGUCAACCUCUAUGCGCUGGUCACGCAGCUGGGAGCGCUGGGUGCCCUUGACAGUUCGAGUGAGGUGUCCUACCGCCAGACCAUGGCGCUCGCCGUGCCGACCCUCUACCGAUCGAUUGACACCGCGCUCGCGUCUCCGGCUCCCGAUGCCGCCGACGAUGGCGCUUCCGAGGCUGCCCUCGAGGCGCUUCGAGAGCAGCCGUGCAUUUGGGUCGGGAGCGGUUUUGUGCGGCCCGCGGUGACGGCUCUCGUGUCUCCCCUGAGCUUGCAGCCUCAUCUGUACGUCGUAUCUGCGGACCUGCAGAGCUUUGGAUCGCUGCUUCGACGUCUGGGCGUGCGGGAUCGCUUUGGGUCGAGCCAGUUGGUGCGCCUCUUGGAGGAUCUGGCGUUUCGGCACGCCAGCGCGCCGCUGGACAGCGCCACCCUCGAGAUGGUGCUUAGCGUGGUGCAACAGCUGGCUUCGCCCCAGCACCAGCCUCUGCCUCCGACGCAGAUCUACCUCCCCGACACGGCGUGCGCGAUGGUUGUGGCGCACGAGCUGCUCUUUGACGACACGCCGUGGCUGAGCGACAGCCUUGCCGGGGGGCAGCAGGCGGCGGGUGGCCAGGCCGCCUCGAUUCUGAGCUCGGCGAGCAAACGGCGGCGCGUGCACCCCAGCAUUGCGCACGAGACUGCGGCUCGGCUCGGCGCGCAGUCGCUCCGCCUGUGGCUCCUCGGCCGAAACGCGGACACCUUCGCUCUCGGCCAGGAGAACGUGGAGGCGUUCGGGCAGUACGAAUCCCUGACGAGCAGGCUCCACAACAUCCUCGAGCUGUACGCCGACGGGGUCGGCAUCUUGCACGAGCUCAUCCAGAACAGCGACGACGCGGGCGCCACGGAGGUCUCCUUCAUCUUUGACCAGGCCCAGCACGGCGACCAGUCGCUCCUCUCGCCCUCGAUGCGUGAGUGGCAGGGUCCCGCCCUCUGCGUCUUCAACAACGCCCAGUUCACGCCCCGCGACUUGCGCAACAUCUGCAGCAUCGGGUCAAACGCGAAGCUCGCGGCCGGAAACGCAACCGGGCGGUUCGGGCUCGGCUUCAAUGCCGUGUACCACUUCACCGACGUCCCGUCCUUUAUCAGCGGCUCGCACCUCGUCUUCUUCGACCCCGCCGCCCAGUUCCUUCCGGGCGCGACGGCAAACAACCCGGGGCUCAAGAUCAAGUUCGCGGGCGAGUCCUUCUUGGAGCAGUUUCCGGACCAGUUCGCGCCGUACCUGCUGUGCGGCUGCGACAUGGUCUCGCCGUACAACGGCACCCUCUUCCGCUUCCCGCUCCGCAACAAGCACACCGCCUCGCGCUCGCAGCUGCGCAAGGAGGAGUACUCGGAGGAGGCGAUGCGCGGCCUCUUCGACUCCUUGCACGACGAGGCGUGCGAGCUCCUCCUCUUCCUCAAGAAUGUGCGCACGGUCAAGGCUUUCGUGCGCCGCGAGGCCGGGGCCGAGCCCGAGCUCUUGUUCCAGGCCGAGCGCUCCACCGCUCCGGGCACGCGCAACGAGGGCGCCAUCGCAAACUACAUCUCGGGCCGCGGCGGCGGCGGCACCGCCUCGGUGGAUGCCUUCUACGAGCGGCUGGAGAAGGCCGAUGUUCGGCAGCUCCCGUUGGAGGCGAUGCGCCUGACCGUGCACUUGAGACACGGGCCCGCCUCGCCCCGCGGCGACGAGGUGAGGGAGGAGGACUGGCUGGUGUGCAGCGCGCUCGGGCGCGGCGCGAGGCGCAUCUGCGAGAUGUGCCUCAAGCCCGAGGGCCGGCGGCUCAAGCUCAUGCCUUGGGGCGGCACGGCGGCUCGACUAAGCGUCAGCAAGCGGCCCUCGAGCACUGCUGAUGCGGGAGAGGCAGCGGUCGCGACAGAGUCUGCGGGUUCCACGCCCAUUGCUGGUCGCGCGUACUGCUUUCUGCCCCUGCCGAGCGCGACGGGCUUGCCCGUUCACUCGAACGGGUACUUCGAGCUGUCUGCCAACCGGCGAGACAUCUGGCACGGGGACGACAUGGUGGGAGUGGGGCAGCUCCGCUCCGAGUGGAACAUCGCCCUGCUACAGGACGUGCUCGCUCCGUGCUACGCUCAGCUCCUGCUCUACGCGCGCAGCCUGCUGCACGGCCCCGCCUUCUACGCCCUCUGGCCGUCCUCCAAGCCUGCCGAGCCGUGGGGGUCGCUCGUCGCCGCCAUCCCGGAGGCGGUCCGCGCGUGGCUGGCCGGCGACCGCCGCCUGGCGCGCGAGAGCCCGACCGAGGGCCAGCGGACGCGGCGGGAGGGCCUCGAGCUGCUCCGCCACUGCGCGAAGGGGCUGAGGGGGGAGGGGAUGGCGCAGCUGCGAGGCCUGCGGCUGGUGCCGCUGCGGUCGGGAGGGUGGGCGCGCUUUGGCGACGCGUCGAGCCCGCCGCUGCUGCUGAGCGCGUCCGCCGACGACGAGGGGCUUCUCCGCCCGUACCCGGCCCUGGUGGUGGACGUGCACGCCGAGGACGGGCUGGCGUCGGAGGAGCUGCGGCUGGCGGCGGCGUCCGGGCAGACGAACGUGCGCCCCUUCUCGGCGGCGCUGCUGGUGCCGAUGCUGCCGCUCAUGCUCCCGUCGAGCUGGCACGGCUGCGAGCUGGUCGACCUGACGGGGCUGGCGGGCUGGCCGCUGCUGCCGACGCGCCGGGGCGAGGCGUACGCGCUCCCGAGCGGCGGCGCGCGCGAGACGCGCAUGCUCGAGAUGAGCGGGCUGAGCGACCCCCUCGCGGAGGCGCUCGAGCGGGCGGGCGUCCUCUGUCUGCACCGCGCCGCGCCGCCGGACGGCGAGGCGGCACCGGCACCGGCGGGGGAGUGCGUGCCGCUGCAGCGGGGCGUGCAUUGCGUGGCGCCGCCGGGCGUGCCGGAGUCGCUGCUGGCGGGCGGGCGCUUCGUGCGGAGCGGCUCCGAGAGCGAGCGCCGGCUGCUCCGCUUCUUGGGCGUCGAGCAGCCCGCCCGGAGCGCCUUCUUUCGCUCGCACGUCUUUGGCCGGCUGGCCGACCUGCCCGCCGAGGCGCGCGACGGCGCGAUGGUGUCGGUGCUGCGCGAGCUGCACGCGCUCGGCUCGGAGGACGCCGGUUUCGUCGACUCGCUGCGCGAGCUGCGCUUCGUGCCUACGGCGGGCGGCUCGCUGCACCGCGCGAGCGAGCUCUUCCAUCCAAAGGUGCACGCGGCGGCCGAGCUGCUCGGGGUGGAGGGGGCGUACCCGGCGGGCGUCUUCAGCGCGCCCGACCUGCUGAGCGCGCUGGAGCGGCUCGGGCUGCGCGGCGAGGUGACGCGCGGCGCGGUGGUGCAGAGCGCGCGGUCGGUGCAGGAGCUCUCCGCCAGCGACGGCGAGGCGGCGCUGCGGCGCGCGCGCGCGCUGCUCCGGUACGUCGACACCCACGCCGCGGCCCUCCCUGAGGACGGCGCCUUCGCUGCUCGUUCCGACGAGGCGCCCGCCGAGAGCGUGGCGGUGUCCGACCCAUUCGUCGGCCACCGCGUCUCCAUCUCUGGCUUGAUUGCGCGCCCGGACCUCAACGGCAAGGUUGGCCUCGUGGUCGACGCCUACGGCGAGUCGCGCUACACCGUCUACGUCGACAGCGUCGACACGCCGGAGACGAUCGCCCUCCGGCCAGUCAACCUGCGCGUGCUCAACCCGAAGGCGGACGCGCCAGCGAGCGAUCCGGCCUCCGCCUCACGGCGACCCGCCUACGAGGAGCUUCGUCAGGUCCAGUGGCUGCCUGUGCUGGCCGCCGCUCCGAUCGAAGGCCUCCCGUGGCGGCCGCACUCGCCUUGCGUCGCUUCUCCCGACAACACACGCCCCGCCUCCGACGUGUGGCUGGUCUCCUUCUGCGCCCACCUGCUCGACGGCGAGGUCUCCUCGAGCUUCGUGCUGGAGCUCUUUGGGUGGGACAAGCCGCCACGCCCCGCCUUGCUGUGCGCUCAGCUCGCCGAGGUCGGCUCCACCUACUCUGCGGAGGUCGGCCCGGACGAGGCCGUCCUUCUGGAGCACUGCAUCGGCCCGAUCUACGAGCAGCUGCAGCAGAUCGUCGGCGCGCCCGAGUUCAGUGGCGUCAAGGCGGCCCUGAGCCGGCGAGCCACCAUCUGGACCGGGCCGGAGCGCGGUCUCUUGCCUCCCUCCCAGGUCUCCUUCGACGACGACGCCUCUCUUUGCCGGUACCUCGCAGUCGCCCCGCCUUCGCUCUCGCCCUUCCGCACGCUCCUCGUCGCCCUUGGAGUCCGCGAGUCGUCCUUUUCGGCCGACGAUUUCCUCAAGGCGAACACGUGCUUUGUCCGAGACUAUGGCAGCAGCGCCCCUCUGCCGGAAGCCGCGCUGCAGGAAUGUGUCCUCAACCUGAGGCUCGCCUCGGCCCGGGGGCUCUCUCCGGAGACGAGCCCUGUCUUUCUCCCGGACGCGGACGGCAUUCUCCGCCCUUCUCCAGAGCUGACAUUUAACGAUGCGCCAUGGAUGCCCUCUGCGGGCCAGGCCGGCACCCGGUUCGUGCACGGCUCAGUCGAGCCUGAGCUCGCAGAGCGGCUUGGCGCGCAGUCGCUGCGGCAGCUCCUCUUGCUUCGCGACAAGUUCACAGACACCUUCCCGUGCCCCUCCUCCACCCAGAUCCAGGAGGCGCUCGCCGGGUUCGGGCACGAGUCGAACGUGCUGCUGGACCUGCUCGAGGUAGCCGACGUGCUUGGCGCCAAGGGAGUGCACUUUUGCUGUGACAGGCGCCUCCACCCGUCCGAGUCGCUGCUCUUCCCCACGCUCGUCGAGUUCCAAGGGCCCGCCCUCUGUGUCUUCAUGCCCGGGGUGGCGCUGACCACCGAGGAGCUGUGCCUGCUCCACCAGCACAGCGCCGACCGCUGGUUCAAGCUGCGCGGCCGCACUCCGCGCUUUGGCCGGCGCUUUGCGUCCGCGUACGCGCUGGGUGAGGUGAGUGGGCUUGUGAGCGGUGGCCAGAUGUUCCUCUGCGACCCCUCUGGACGCUACCUUCCGCCUGGGGCCUCGGGCAGGGCUGCCGAGGAGGCCGACACGGGCGCACCGACCUCGCUCCCUGUCGGCAGAGUGUACCCGCUCGUGCCGGGUGACCUGCCUCGGCGCUUCCCCGACCAGUUCGCGCCCUUCUCCAUGUUCGGGUUCGAUGCACUGUCGGGCAAGCCUCUCGACGGCACCAUACUGCGCCUUCCGCUUCGGUCGGAGGCUCAGGCGGCGAGCAGCAAGCUCUCGGGAGAGGCGUGGAGCGCGACCCGCCUCCACGGCACGUUGACGGAGUUCCGCUCUCGGGCGCAGACGACGCUCAUCUCCCUGGAGACGAUCGAGGCGGUGUCGACCUCGGAGUGGCUCCCCGACCAGACCAGCCCGGUGCGCACGCUGAUGGUGUCGCUCUCCAUGCCGCAGAACGACGCGUCGCAGCGGGGCGCCGUCCUGCACGACUCGAGCUGGAAGAAGUCGGGCCUGUCGAGCCUGUUCAACCGAGGGAAGAAGGAAAGCAUGCUCGUCUUCGACCUGCUGGAGGUGUUUCGCGAGCUCAAGGAGGAGCCGCUCGGUGAGCAAGCUUCGGGCGAGGAAGAGGAGUCUGCGAGGGAGACCAACCAGAGGCUUGCCGCCCACAGCUCGUCCUUCUUCUCCGCCUCCUCCUCCAUGUCCUUCACGCCGCCCGUUCACCCAAGCGCGGUUGGCGGGACGUCGAUCGAUCACAUUGACCUGGCCAUCGAGGAGGGGGUUGAGGGCGGCGACGGGCUGGGCGGCGGCAAGGGCGCAGGAGCUGGCGCCCCCUCGCUGCCGCACAAGCUGGUUGCUGGCACUGAGGAGCACCGGCAGUGCAGAUGGGUGGUGAGCGAGGCGCUGGCCGUCGAGGGCAGCCGCGCGCUCGCGCUCGAGCCCCAGUACGCGGCGCUCGGCAAGGUCCCGCAUGCGGCGGUGGCUGCGCAGGUCGCGUGUGACGGCGCGCCUCCCACCCGCAGGGAAGGGCGCUGCUUCGGCGCCCCGCUCCCGCUCCACUCGUGCAGCGGGCUCCCAGUCUACGUGUUUGGCCAGUUCGAGCUCAGCAGUCCCGGCCGGGAGGUCCUCCUCAUCCCAGAUGCGGCGGACCCGCGCUCGCUCAGCGCCGUCGCGUGGAACCGCGCGCUCUUCGCGUGCGUUGCUGCCGCGUACGCCGCCCUCCUCAAGGGCCUCCCCCGCAUGCUCGGCCUGCCAACCUCAACGAGCUCGCCCGGCUCGAUGUACGGCUUCUGGCCGCUCUCCGCGUCCGUCGCGCACGAGGAGCUGCUCCCGCUGCUGCUCGGCCCGCUCUACCGCUCGCUCUCCACGCAGCCGCUCUUCCUCGCCAUCCCGCGCGACCUCGAGGACGGCACUUCCGAGCCGGCGUCCCGGAGGCAGCGGCCCGUUCUGCGGCGGCUCGAGGACGGCGUCGUCUGCCCGCCCGCCGUGUCGGGAGAGCUCCACCAGUUUGUCCAGACGCACGGCAUCUAG